GUGGAGACCGGACUCCGUGGCCGGCGCCGCCGAAGCGUGCUCGCCGAGGCAGCCUGCCCCGACCUCGAUUACCCGCAGGCCUCGAUUUUCCCCUUGCUGGUCUGUAAGCUCAAUUAUGAGCUCUCUUCCCCAGGGUAUACUACAAGCCUCCUGUGGAAUUCCUGUGGAAUUCAUCAAAGGAUGAGUCCUCAAUCCUUCCAUUGGUAAGCCAAUCGUCCCAACAGCUCUCCCACCAUCCACUGUCCUCAUGUCUACCUUACUUCUCAAUCUGGAUUUUGGCAAACCUCCCCCGAAGAAGACAUUAGAGGGGAAUGCCAAGCACCAAAAUUUUGUCAAAAAGCGUCGGCUCUUGGAACGGAGAGGCAUUCUGAAUAAGAAGAACCAGCCCGCUAACAAGGUACCUAAGUUGCGCUCAGAAGCACCAAAGAAAGAGGAAACUCCUAGGGUGGAUGGGGCUUGGAGCACCCCUCCCCUUCAAAAAAAGAAGACGACAGCUACUGCUAGCAGUGGGUCAGAGCAGUCCUUGGACAAGAAAGCUGUGGUGCCUUGGCUGACCCCUGCCCCUUCACAGAAGGCCAGCUCUGUUGUGGCUAAAGUAGAUCUGCUGGGUGAGUUUCAGAGUGCCCUUCCAAAGAUAAAGCAGCACCCAACUCGCUCCAAGAAAAAGGGCCACCAGAAGAAUGCUCCACAGAACUCUACUCAAGCUCCAUCAGAGAAUAAAUGCUCUGGAGCGUCCCAGAAGAUACUGGGUAAGAUGGUGGCAAUUGACUGUGAGAUGGUAGGCACAGGACCCAAGGGGCAUAUCAGUUCCUUGGCUAGAUGUAGCAUCGUUAACUACAAUGGAGAUGUACUUUAUGAUGAGUACAUUCGCCCCCCCUGCCACAUUGUGGACUACCGUACCAGAUGGAGUGGUAUUCGGAAGCAGCACAUGGUUAAUGCUACACCCUUCAAGACUGCUCGGAGCCAGAUCUUGAAGAUACUCACAGGGAAGAUUGUGGUGGGGCAUGCCAUCCACAACGACUUCAAAGCCCUUCAGUACUUUCACCCCAAGUCCCUCACCCGUGACACCUCUCAUAUCCCCCUCCUCAACCGUAAGGCCGACUGCCCAGAGAAUGCCACCAUGUCCCUGAAGCGUCUCACCCAGAAGCUGCUGAAUCGGGACAUCCAGGUUGGGAAAAGUGGACAUUCCUCUGUGGAAGAUGCUCAGGCCACCAUGGAGCUGUACAAGUUGGUUGAAGUGGAGUGGGAACAGCACCUGGCCCAGAAUCCUCCAGAAAACUAGUGGCAUUGGGGGCACUGGUGAUAUGGGGAGGCGGAGGCAGCGCCCAGAAGAAACAGGACAGCGGGCCAAAGGACAGCUCAAGCAGCUGCGUACUUCGGAAGCCAAAGUUGUUGAGGAGAGAGAGGUUCCACCCCAGACUUAAUAACUAUUGAAAUUUCACCUCUGGUGAUGUGCUCUGUGUCUGGUUAAGUGUCCCGUAGGAGGAGGAAGCCUUGGAGACAGACCCCAGCCCCAUGCUAUUUACCUCUUACUGGUGCUAACCGAGGUCCCAGGGUAUUUUGCUCCAGUCCAGCUUUUUACUUUCAGGGGCCAAGGCAUGAUGGAAAUGUGGUUUCCCAAACUGCCUUAUCAGUAGGGUGACCAUAUCCAAUUUUACACCUUUUGUUCUCAAAUAAUUAACAGCAUCCCCUUUCACUCUCAAAAGUAUGCAGGUUGGAUUGGUAGGGUCCCCUUGUGUAGAUGAGUCUGCAUCUAGGCCGUAAGGACGUUGCUGUUCCUCCUACCUUGACCCCAGAACUGUCCCUGGUGAGCUUUCCUUCUUGGGGUUGCAGUGCAGUGGAGGUAAGAGUGUGAACUUGAAAAUCAAAUUUAGGAAAGCAGUCUCUUUCCUAAAGCAAUAGAGAAUUAAUUUAGAUCACACUUUUAGGUUGAAAGAGAAUUUAAAGUGUUUUUAAUCUUUGCUAAACCAAGCCUCUAAAAACUCAAAUAAUUCCCUUGAUAACAUUUUUAUAUUGGAAAAACAAUUGUGUGGUGUUUUCUUUUUUAGCUU